AUGAACGCUCUUUUCCCACUGAGUUUUCUGUUUUUGAUGAGUUCUUCAGGAUGGGCAAAAGAAAGGCAUUACUACAUAGCCAUCAAAGAAACCUCUUGGAAUUAUGCUCCUUCUGGUAAAAACGUGCUCAGUGGAAAGCCUUUGUCAGAAGAUCCAAUGUUUCAGUCCCAAAUAGGUCAAUUUAGGAAGAAGCCAGUUUUCAAAAAGGCUUUGUAUUUUCAGUAUACCGAUGAUACAUUCCAACAGGUCAUUCCAAAACCAUCUUGGUUAGGACUUUUAGGUCCAGUAAUUAAAGCAGAGACUGGAGACUGUGUGUAUGUACAUGUAAAAAAUAAUGCUUCAAGAGUCUACAGUUGGCACCCUCAUGGACUCAGUUACACGAAAGAAAAUGAAGGUGCUCUGUACCCUGAUAAUACCACGGGCCUGCAAAGGGUGGAUGACCACAUUAAGCCAGGGAAACAGUAUACUUACAGGUGGUAUGUAGACGAAAAUCAGGGGCCUGCCUCCAAUGACAGUAACUGCGUGACAAGGAUGUACCACUCCCAUGUAGACACUGUAAAUGAUGUGUCUUCAGGACUUAUUGGACCAAUAGAAACUUGCAAAAGAGGGACAUUGAAUGGAGACGAUGAAAAAAAUAUCGACAGGUCUUAUGUGAUGUUGUUUCAUAUAAUUAAUGAAAACAAUAGCUGGUAUAGAGAUGAAAAUGUUAAAACACUUAAUACUAGUGAUCCCGGCUUUGAGGAGAGCAUGAAGAUGUACUCGAUAAACGGAUAUAUUUAUGGAAACCUGCCCAAUCUCACCAUGUGUGUAGAACACAGGGUCAAAUGGUAUUUUAUUGGCAUGGGAGGUGCAGAUGACGUGCACUCCAUCUAUCUCCAUGGACAGACUCUGAUCUCUCGGAAUCACAGAAAGGAUACCAUCGUGGUCUUCCCUGCCUCCAUGGAAGAUGCCUUCAUGGUGGCCAAGGGACCCGGGGAGUGGAUGCUGAGCUGUGAGACACAUGAGAGUAUGCAGGCCUUAUUCAGCGUAGGGAAUUGCCAAAAGCCUUCCACAAAUGUUGUCGGGACACGUGUUAUUCAUUACUAUAUUGCUGCUCAGGAAGUUCUUUGGAAAUAUGCUCCAUCGGGUGUAAACUUAUUCACUCAAACGAAUUUAACAGAGCCUGACAGCAUUUCCCAGACAUAUUUUGAACAAGGUCCUACUAGAAUUGGAGGAGAUUAUGCAAAACUAGUUUUCCGUGGAUACACAGAUGCUUCCUUCCAAACACUAAAGGAAAGAGAAGAACACUUGGGAGUCCUUGGCCCUGUCAUUUGGGCAGAGGUAGGAUGGGUCAUCGUGGUCACUUUCUAUAACAAUGCUACCAUGCCACUCAGCAUUCAGCCUCAUGGACUGCAGUACAACAAAAGCAAUGAAGGCUCCUUCUACAGAACCCGUGACGGAGGUACGCCUCCACCUUCUUCACAUGUAAAUCCCAACACGACCUUUGUUUAUACAUGGGAAGUUCCAGAAAGUGUGGGUCCUACCUCCACGGAUCCCGACUGCUUGACUCGGCUCUACUACUCCUCGGUAAAUGAUAGGAAAGACAUCAACAGUGGCCUUGUCGGGCCCCUGCUCGUGUGCAGAAGCGGAAGUCUUGGAGAGGAUGGCAAACAGAAAGGAGUAGACAAAGAAUUUUUCCUGCUUGCCACAAUAUUUGAUGAAAACGAAAGUUACCUUUUGGAUAAAAAUAUCAGACUAUUUACUACCAACCCUGAAGAAGUGAGAAAAGAAAAUGAAGACUUCCAAGAAUCUAACAGGAUGUCCUCCAUUAAUGGAUACAUGUAUGGAAAUCUACCAGGAUUGGAUAUGUGCUUGGGAGACACCGUUUCAUGGCAUGUUCUCAGUGUAGGAUCACAGAAAGAUUUGCAUGGGAUUUAUUUUUCAGGAAAUACCUUCGUUUCCUUAGGAUCAAGGAAGGACAUUGCAACUGUGUUUCCCCAUGUCUCUGAGACGCUUCUAAUGACACCUGAUACCACAGGAGAUUUUAAUGUGGUGUGCAUGACAACUGAGCACUACCUAGGAGGCAUGAAACAUAUGUACCACGUGAAGCAGUGCCCCAAGUCGGACUCUGAUCAAACAACCUACCGGGAGGAGAAAACUUUCUACAUUGCAGCUGAGGAAAUCGUGUGGGAUUUUGUUCCUAGCAGGAAUUGGCAAAAAGAACUGAGCCACUUACAAAGAGAGAACGCAUCAAACUUAUAUUUGGAAUACCUUGGGACAAAAUAUAAGAAAGUUGUAUAUCGUCAGUAUGAUGAUUCCACAUUCACAAAUCAAACAAAAAGAAAUGAAAGUGACAAACAUCUGGAUAUACUAGGUCCAUUAAUAUUUGCCAACCCAGGUCAAAUACUCAAAAUAGUCUUUAAAAAUAAUGCCUCACGACCAUAUUCUAUUCAUGCUCAUGGAGUGAAAACAGACUCUUCCACUGUUGUUCCAACUCCGCCAGGUGAGAUUCAAACGUAUACUUGGAAGAUCCCUGAAAGAACUGGUCCUACCUCAAAUGACUUCGAGUGUAUACCGUGGCUUUACUAUUCAACCGUGAAUGUGAUAAAGGAUACGAACAGCGGUCUGGUAGGCCCUCUGAUCGUCUGUCGUGAAAAUGUAAACGUGAACCAGAUUGUUCACCGUGUUCUCCUCUUCAUGAUUUUUGAUGAGAACAGAUCUUGGUACUUUGAAGACAAUAUCGCAACCUAUUCUCUAGAGCCAAACAAGGUAGACAGGGAUGAUGAAACGUUUCAACUCAGCAAUCAGAUGCACGCAAUUAAUGGGAGAAUGUUUGGAACGAACCAAGGUCUGACAGCCCACGUUGGGGAUGAAGUGAACUGGUACCUGAUGGGUGUGGGGAGUGAAUUCGAUCUGCACACGGUUCAUUUCCAUGGCCACAGCUACACAUACACGGAUAUGGGAAAGUAUCGAUCUGAUGUUUAUGAUCUUCCACCGGGAACCUUUGCCGUUGUAAAGAUGUACCCAAGAGCUGUUGGAACAUGGUUGUUUCAUUGCCAUGUCGGUGAACACAUCGAGGCGGGAAUGGAAAGCACUUACACCGUGUUUCCGAACAAUGGAUCUGUCUCUUCCUAAUAGAUAAAUUGACAAACUACGAGCAGAGUAAAGCAGCUGAAGAACAAACACACAGGGAUGGGGCGGCCUAGGAAGAGCCAGCUGAAGACUUGGACAACAAUAC